AUGUCGGACGCCGCCCCCGAGGACCCCCCCGGUGCCCCCCGGGAGCCCCCGGGGCCGCUGGCGCUGCUCAAGGCUCGGGCGCUCGAUGUCACCUUCGAGGUGGGCGACGAGUACGAGAUCAUCGAGACCAUCGGCACCGGCGCCUACGGCGUGGUCAGCUCGGCUCGGAGACGGGACACAGGCCAGCAGGUGGCCAUCAAGAAGAUCCCGAACGCCUUCGACGUGGUGACCAACGCCAAGCGGACGCUGCGGGAGCUGAAGAUCCUCAAGCACUUCAAGCACGACAACAUCAUCGGCAUCAAGGACAUCCUGCGGCCCACGGGGCCCUACGGCGAGUUCCGCUCCGUGUACGUGGUGCUGGACCUCAUGGAGAGCGACCUCCACCAAAUCAUCCACUCGGCGCAGCCGCUCACCCUGGAGCACGUCCGCUACUUCCUCUACCAACUCCUGCGCGGCCUCAAGUACAUCCACUCGGCCAACGUCCUGCACCGCGACCUCAAACCCAGCAACCUGCUGGUCAACGAGAACUGCGAGCUCAAGAUCGGCGAUUUCGGCAUGGCGCGCGGGCUGGGCGCCGACCCGCGCCAGGCCAAGGCGUUCCUCACCGAGUACGUGGCCACGCGCUGGUACCGCGCGCCGGAGCUGCUGCUGUCGCUGCACCGCUACACGCGCGCCAUCGACAUGUGGUCGGUCGGCUGCAUCUUCGCCGAGAUGCUCGGCCGGCGCCAGCUCUUCCCCGGCCGCAACUACGUGCACCAGCUGCAGCUGAUCAUGGCGGUGCUGGGCACGCCGCCCGCCAGCGUCAUGGCGGCCAUCGGCGCCGAGCGCGUGCGCGCCUACGUGCAGAGUUUGCCGCCGCGGCCGCCGGUGCCGUGGGAGAGCCUCUUCGGCGAGGCGGAGCCGGCGGCGCUGGCGCUGCUCGGGAGGAUGUUGCGUUUCGACCCCCGCGAGCGGGUGGGCGUGGCCGAGGCGUUGCGUCACCCGUUUUUGGCCAAGUACCACGACCCCGAGGACGAGCCCGAGUGCGUGCCGGCGUUCGACUUCGCCUUCGAGCGGCAGGCACUCACCAAGGAGGAGAUCAAGGCGGCCAUCGUGGCCGAGAUCGCCGAUUUCCACGCGCGCCGCGACGGCAUCCGGCGGCAGAUCGCGCCGGCGCCGGCGGGAGGGGGCGGGGCGGCCGGCGGCGCCGGGGGCGGUGAUGUCGCCAUGGCAAGCGCCGGCGGCGCGGCCAACGGCGUCAACAAGGCCGAGGUCAACGUCAACGUGGCCAACGUCAACGUGGCCAACGUCAACGCAGGCAACGGGAGCGUCGGUAUGGCCAACGCCAACGUCAACGUGGCCGACGUCAACAUGGCCAAUGUCGACGUCAACGUAGCCAAUGGCGGCGUCAACAUGGCCAACACCAACCUCAACGUGGCCAACGUCCCCAUGGCCAACGCCGCCCUGGCCGCGGUCGCCAACGGCCCCGCGUGGCCGCCCUGCGCCGACGUGGACAUGCCCAGCCCCGGCCCCGCCCCCGACUGCCCCAUGGACUCGCCGCGGGUGAAGGCGGAGCCGGGGGCGCCGGCGGCCCCCAAGAGGGACGGCGCCAUCUCGGACGACACCAAGGCCGCGCUGAAGGCGGCGCUGCUGAAAUCGGCCAUGAGGAACAAGAGCAAAGACCCCCCCUGCGCCGCCCCCGAGGCUCCCGAGGGCCGCAAGCCGGUGACGGCGGCCGAGCGCCAACGCGAGCGGGAGGAGAAGCGCCGGCGGCGCCAGGAGCGCGCCAAGGAGCGCGAGAAGAAACAACGCGAACGCGAGCGCCGCGAGCCCCGCGCCCGGGGGGAGGGGCUGCACGGCCUCGUCCUCACCGACGACGACCGGCACCUCCUGGAGCGCUGGACCAAGAUGGCCGACGGUCAUUGGGUCAUCGAUGACAUCAUCCGGUCAUCGAUUGGGUAA